UUAAUUUUUCGAGUUCAAUAAUGAAUUGCUAUCGCAAUUCCCUAAAUAAUUAAGAUAUACUUAGACUUUAGAUGUCAUUGAAAUAUUUGACGACGUUUGAAAUUACUAAAUAUAUUUGAAUAUAUUAAAUAAUGAAAUAAUAACUGAGUUAAGAUAGAGAGAAAUAUGGCUACAUUAGUUUCACCGAAUGAAUUUUCCUUGAAAUGGAAUAACUUUUCCAAUAAUUUAACUUGUGGCUUCCUUUCUCAUUUGAGUGAGAAUGAUUUGGUUGACGUAACAAUUGCAGUUGAAGGACGGUUGUUAGCUGCUCACAAGCUAGUUCUCUCUGUGUGUAGUCCUUACUUUAAAAACAUAUUCAAGGAGAAUCCCUGUCAGCAUCCAGUAAUAAUAUUAAAAGAUGUAAAACACGCAGAGGUAAUGUCUCUACUGAAGUUCAUGUACCAAGGCGAAGUAAAUAUAAAACAGGAGGACCUGUCUACCUUCUUAAAGAUAGCACAAAUGCUGCAGAUAAAAGGUUUAGAGGGUGGCGAAGCACAAAUCAUACCAUUAUUAAAUGAUUACAUUAAUGUAUCAGAUCCACAAGAGUCAAAGAAUAUAACUGAUGUUCCAUGUGAGCAACAGAGCAAAAACAAAACUUCCAAUGGAACUUCUGUGCUCUCUCACAAGAUAACCAAGAAAAAUGUUAAAACAAAAAAGAAUCGUGUAGUCGAGGAUGAUUAUUCAAUGAUGAAGUUAACAAAUGAAUCAAAUGUUAAUAACAAGGACGAUAUUUGUCUCUUAUCGGAUAAUAAUGUAGUAAAAGAUGUGAAUGCUUCCAAUAGUGAAAUGAAUCUCAGAUAUAAUGAGAUCAAUGAGGCUAUUAAUGAUAGUGAUGAAAUAAUUGAGUUGCCUGAUGAACAAGGAAAUUGUAAUAAUGCCUUGCAAGGAAAUUCAUUUUUACAAACAGCUGUGGAACCAGUAAUCUAUAGACUGUCUGUCAGAGGUAAACCACAAUUGGUCCAUGAAGGAUAUGUGUAUAACAUGACUUCUCGUUCCAAAGUAUACAACAGCUCGCAUUAUCGUUGUGUGGAACAACAUCGCGGAUGUCGUGGCAAAUGUUCGGUGAUCGCCGAAAGAUUCAUGCCAACGGGGGUGCACGAGCACAAUCAUCCACCGAGUUAUCAAUCUGAAUAUGAUUACAAGAAGAAGAAAAGCCUAGACAUCAAUAAUGUUUAAGAAUUAUUCCAUGAUGCAUUUGAAGAUGUUUUGUAUUUAGGUUCGGAUAUGUUUAUGAGUUUUCCGUGAUUUAGAUUGCAAUGAUUUUGAAAGUAAACUCUAAAAGAAAAUUCUUUUCGUGUAUCUAUAGAUAUCCAGCAAUUGGAACAACCAAUACGCUUAGAAAAAGCUAAAGCAUGCGCAGUUUUCUGGUGUCAUAUAAUUGUAUCCAAUACAACAUCUUCCAUCAUAUAACAAUAGAACAUUUGUAAUAAAACCUGUGAUGAGAGAUAAAAAUUUAUAUUCUAUUAUCUUCAAUUUGAAUUUUAAUUAAUAUCUUUACUAAUUACAUAAUCAAGUAAAACAGAAUAGAUUUUUUCAUUUAAAAUUUUUUCUUGAAAUAUUUAUCCUAUCACCCAACUACAAAGUGACGUUGUUGUUCCAAUUGUAAAAAAUCAAUUAGUAGCCAAAUGUAGAAUUUAAAUUGCAUUCCGUAAAAUGCCUAGAUUCUAUAAUUUGAAUCAAUGCCGAACGUUACUGUUCAGUGAAAUCGAUCAUUAAAUUCACAUUUGAAUUGAAUUUUCCUUCCCAGAAAUUUUCUUUCAGAACAAUUUGUCAGAUCAUUUAGAAUAGCUACUGUAAUAUUAAUCGAUUCUAAUUAUUAAAUAAUGUUUAUUUAUACAAACGAAUUGUGAAUUUCACUGGACAGUUGAAGACUAUGCAUACGUAAAAGCCAAAACAAAAGCUGUGAAUUAAAUGGACAUGUUUAACUUUAGAGAUGUUAAAGUACAAGCGUUGGCCUAAUUUUAAAGACGAUUAAAAUUCAUUGCACAUUACUUAUACAGAAACAUUCCGCGGCCAAUAUAUAGAAAAUAGAGCCCAAUGAUUAUUAUAAAUAAGUAUAUUACUGUUUACAUAAAACCAAUCGCUAAACUUUUCAUUCCCAAACAAAGAUGUAAUUGUAAGAUAACCGUACGUUAGAUCUUAAAUAUAACUGUGAUGCGUUCAUCAACUUCCACAAUUUAAUAAAUAAUAAAUUAUUUAUAUCGUUAAAUAAUAUGAUAAUAUCAAUUAAAUUCAAUCUGUUUAGAAUCCAUUUGAACUAGGAGAACUGAACUUUCAAAUAUAUAACAAGUAUUGUA